UGAAACGUUCAAACAAUUGCAUCCGCUACUUCUGCUUUGAAUGUGCCAGGUCGAAAUAAACUAUUACUUUGUACUUUCUUUUAUUAACCCAAUUAAGUGGGUGUUGAAUCAUGAAACUCAUAGAUCAGGUAGUUCAAACUUUUCGUGUAGUUAAACUAUUUCGAGAUAAUACUGAUCGAAUUAACAAUAUUGACUAUUCUCCUAGUGGAGACCUUUUGUUGUCGUCCAGCGAUGAUGAUCAAAUUGUUAUAUACGACUGCGAGAAAGGCACAUCCAAAAGAACCUUGAACAGCAAGAAGUAUGGUGUUGACCACAUCCAUUUUACUCAUGGGAAAACAUCUGCAAUAUAUGCAUCAACCAAAAUUGAUGACACAAUUCGGUAUCUGUCUCUACAUGACAACAAAUUUAUUCGAUAUUUUCCUGGCCACACAAAGAGAGUUGCUAGUCUUGACAUGAGCCCAAUCAAUGACUCCUUCAUAUCUGGCUCAGCCGAUAAAACACUAAGGCUAUGGGACCUGCGCUCCCCUAACUGCCAAGGCACCAUGUACACUGGAGGCCGGCCUGUGGCUGCUUUUGAUCCUGAAGGCCUAAUCUUUGCUGCUGGUAUCAACUCGGAGACUAUAAAACUUUAUGAUCUCAGGUCAUUUGACAAAGCUCCAUUCAGCACAUUUGAAAUGAAUCAGGAAAAAGACUGUGAUUGGACUGGGCUUAAAUUUAGCCCAGAUGGGAGGAGUAUCCUGAUAUCAACUAAUGGUUCCAUGAUUCGUCUUGUGGAUGCAUUUUCGGGCUCGCCUCUGAGAACCUUCACUGGCCACAUGAACAAUAAGGGCAUCCCUCUGGAGGCAUCAUUCAGCCCAGACUCGCAAUUUGUGUUCAGCGGCUCAACCGACGGUCACGUGCACGUUUGGAACGCAGAGAAAGGCUACAAAGUGGCCACGCUCAACGGCGAUCACACUGGUCCUGUUCAGUGCAUCCAAUUUAAUCCUAAAUACAUGAUGCUUGCCUCGGCGUGCUCUCACAUGUCGUUUUGGCUGCCUGCUCUUGACCAGUGAAAAUUUGAAAAUAAUCGGUGGAAAAUCACGCUUGCAUCACUUAUCUUUGGCUUUAUAAUGACAUUAGGAUAAUUGUAAAUUUAAUCGUAUGAAUAUAGAAAAGUAGUUUCAUAGUGUUAGGUCGGAAUCUAUGAUUCUCAUUUAAAGGACAUUUGAGUAGGUUUCAGGAGUUAUUUCGUCGGUUCCUGCAUCACUUUUUGCUCAAAUUUUGUAACCUCCCAUGUGCUCUGCAUAUAGCAAGAGAUUAGUGAAGCGUCACCGUGGUGCUUGUUGAAACCUGUAAUGUUUUUAAUAUUUACAUGUAAUGUUUUGAUGUUAAAUGAUUCUCUUGUUCUGGUCAAGUUGUCAUAUAAGCAUUAAAGUGAAUGCUGGUACAGAAAAAGUAUCGUCUAAUGGCCCGAACUGCAGGCAGUGUUUUUGUUGGCAUUUCAUGUGCUAGUUUACUCAUAUAAGCCCGCAUUUUGGAUGUAGUGUGUCUUGAAGGUUUCCGCGCUUCUGUUUUAUAAGAUUCUUGCAUUUACAAGAAAUUUUUACAUUUCAUGUUCAUCAAGAAAUGCACAUGAAUUACAAACCAUAUUUUCAUCUCAUAUUAUUUACAACUUCCAGUAUGUUUCAUUUCUUUCAUGGCUCGAAUGAUUUACCGAAAGUUGAAAAGUUCAGCAUCAAGUGUGAUUUUAAAAUCAGUUUUCAGCGGUUUAGCAGAACGUGACGCUGCCAUAUAAUAUUACGUAUUGUAAACCGUUCUGCGUUCGUACGGUAUUGGCUAGAUUAAUUAGGUAAUGAGCAUUUCUUUUCACUUGCCCCGUUUGGGGAUAAGUUUUCCGGUCACUCUCGUCACGUUCCUUGAAAAUUUUACCCACUGCUUAUAUCAUAUCAUUAUUAUGAGAAUUUUCUGUUGCAUUCCGAAAUAAUCUAGUCCAUUAGACCAUCGUUUUCGGUAGAUAUUCAUUCGCCAUUCAGGGGCUGUUCUCAGGAGUGCUGUGAUCCCUGGUAUGCUUUCUUAACCAAAGCUCUGGAUUGAUUAUUCAUGGCUUGUGAUUUUUUAAAUGAGAAAAUUGUAAUGGCAAUGCAUCAAUUCUGAAACUAUAUCCCUCUCACUCAUCGAUUUUUUUCAAAUUAAUUCAUAUAGAAUUAUUUCUGAUCUGAUUGGAAAGCGCCGAGUAUGUUUUAAUGAGUUUCAUUUUACUUGUAUGUUUUUUGGUUAUAUGUUGUCCGCUGAUCAAUGUAAUGUACUAAUUCUGAACCCUAUUACCGAGUUAUAAGCUUGGCAAAUUUUUUGCCUAGCGUUGAAGGAUCUGAACAAAGCUUGUUUGGAGCCUUGCCCGGCACCGUACCUUCAUGUAAAUUGAAUUGCAUCUUGCACACACGUUUGCCUUGCUAAAAUUUGGUGAUUUUGUUUUCCUCUGCAUGGAAGAAAACUUUAAAUGCAUGAAAUUGUUUCUAGAAAAGAUGUAUGCAUACCAACAAUCAAAAUGGAAGUGUUACGAGAGACCCGAGACAAUGCACCUGCUGGCUACAUGAAUGUUGCUGAAGAACCAUUGAGAAUUUUCACUAUUCCUGUAAAAUUCCCCACUUUUAGCUACCCAACUUCCCAUUCAUAAGUGUUGACAUAACAUGAACAUUUGCACGAUUGUCCUAAUUUUAUUUUUUUCAUGGAUAAAGCUUUAUCUUUUCCUGUGAUUCCAAGAACUGUCGUAAUUAUUGUUCUGUUGAUUAUUCUGAUCUGUUAAUUAUUGUUCCGCGAGGAGUGUGUCACAAGAAACGAAAUUUUACUGAUAUAUCAAUUUUUUAAUGCAAUUGAUCCUCAAACAGUGUGUGUGACUUAUCUGUUGAUUAUUCGGCACAGACGUGUCAGCUUAUGGCGCCAUUUUAUCGUGUCAGCAUCGAGGUGACAAUUUUUGAAGGGAUUUAUUCCCCAGCGUCUUCUUUUUUUAGAGUUACGCUAUUCUACUAUGUACAAAUUAGGUUCUCUCUGUACAGUGACCUGGAAAAAUGUCUAGUUUUUUUAUC